GUAUCCUGUGAUACAAAAAAUUGGAGCGGUUGCUUACAAACCUCGCAUUCACCCAGUUUUUCACAUUUCCCUCUUCAAGAAAUUUUUUGGCGAGCAUACACUGUCCUCUACUGAGUUGCCACCCGUAACUGAUGAAGGAGCGAUUGUACUUGAGGCCCAGCGCAUUCUGGAUACUCGCUGGGUCAAAAAGGGCAAGAAGUUUGAAGAAGAACAGUUGGUUCAAUGGAAACAUUUGCCAGGUGAAGAGGCCACGUGGGAGACGCACCAGUCAUUGCUUGAGCAAUUUCCAGAUGUGGACCUUGCGGACAAGAGUCCACCCGGUGGGGGAAGUAUUGAUAAGCCAUGACGUUCAGGUGGAGGUUUCAAACCAAUUACCAAAUAUUUGGGAGGAGGUUGACGGGAGACGCAAACGGGAUGUAACGACGUAGUGCAUGGGAGUGGCGUGCAUGGACUGGGCGUCGGUUACUGGUAGUGGCCUUAGGAUGUUCCUCUGUUUUCGACUUACUCUGUUUUUCAAUUUCAUGCAUAUGGUCUGCUAUUUAAGCAGUCGUGGAUUAUCAAUGAAGGAGAGAAAAUUAUUCCAGUUAAACUGUGGUACAUCCUCACCCGAAGAGGAUAUUUUCGUGAGUGUUUUUUAUUUACUUCUACAUGAGACGUACCAUUGGUAUCAAAGCCAGGUAUCUUAUGGGAACCAACAAGGAGCAAAUGGGGCACUUGGAGUCUGGGCUCGGUGUUGCUCGCUAAUCCGAAGUCCUCAAGUCAUGGCAAUCACCACCGAGAACACCAAGAUGGAGGCCGACAGAUGGUCUCGUCCAAAUCAGCCAAUCUAG